CGGGGAGGACGCAGACAUGGCGGCCAGCGGCUUUUCCGGCCUCGCGCAGGGCGCCGGCCCGUCGUCCAGGGUUCUUGUGUGAUGACACACCACGGCCACGAGCUGGAGAGAGUGUGGAAAAGGACUUGCUGCCGAAGCUGGAAUCUGGUCAGUCCCUGGGACUCAGGCUGAAAGAUUGGCUCACUCCUCACCCAGCCAUCCUCGGCUUUUCCUGUCCCGGCUGCUGGGCCCAGCUAUGCCAUGAAAUCUACCCCCGGAACAGAGAGCACCACCAGCCGGGCCUUGGCCCCUGCCACUCAGCCGCACGCCAGCCAGGACUCCGAGUCCAGCAGCCGGCCCCCAGGUCCUGUCCCUGUGGCCGCGGCUGCAUCUACCCACCAGCAGGGUGGUCACAGCUGCCGAGAGUCAAAGGUGCCCAGGAGCUGUGAGGACACAGCAGAGCAGCCAGCUGCAGCCCCUCUCUGCCGACCAGGCCCGAGCACCCACAGCUCAGACCGCCCACUGAAGUAUCAGCGGGUCCUGCAGAAGCAACAGACAUCCCCAAUGGCUCCUGUGGGCUCGGACUCUUGGGGUGGCCCAGGCCUCGGGCCCUGGGACCCCAGCUUUACCAGCGACGCGCUGCCAUUCCUGGACAGGCUGCCGAAGCCCAAGGCGGGCCCCCGGCCACCCUCCAUGCACUACUGUGAGGUCUGCAGGGUCAGCUGCGCCGGGCCGCAGACCUAUCGGGAUCACCUGGAAGGACAGAAGCACAGGAAGAAGCAGGCAGCUCAGAGGACAGGCACACAGCCCAGCGGAGGUCCACGAGGGGCCCAGAGCCUGCACUGCGGCCUCUGUGCUGUGUCCUGCACCGGGGCGGAUGCCUAUGCAGCUCACAUGAGGGGAGCCAGGCACCAGAAGGUCUUCAAGUUGCACACCAGGCUAGGGAAGCCCAUUCCCUCUGAGCCCACGCCUCAGAGUGUCACCUACACCAGAGGCUCGGACAGCACCCCUGAAACCUCAGUCAAGCAGGAAGCUCACGGCAGUUACAGCUCACACACCUCAGGCCGGCCAGCACCAGCCAAAGGAUCAACAGCUUCACGCAAGGGGCCACCUGAACUGCAGACAGCACACAGCCGACCCGGAGAAAGGAGACCACCACACCCCAAGGCAGAGGCCACCAGGGGAGGGCCUGGGGAAGCUCCAGGGACCUAUGGGGACAUGGAGCCAGUGGGCACAGAGUAUGUGGAGGAGGUGCGCAGCGAGGAGGGGAAGGUGAUUCGCUUCCGGUGCAAGCUCUGCGAGUGCAGCUUCAAUGACCGCAACGCCAGGGACAUGCACCUGACCGGACGCCGGCAUCGGCUGCAGUACCGGAAGAAAGUGGACCCCACACUUCCGGUGGCCACCCGGCCCAGUGGCCCCAUGCAGAGGGUGCUGGUCAAGAGGCUGCAGCGGCAGCGGCAGCUGGCACAGGCAAGACUAGAGGAUGCACGGCACUGGAGCUCUGAACUAAGACAGCAAGAAGAAGAGAACAGGGAGCUUGAGGAGCUCUCCCAGCCCCAGAUUGAAGAGCAGUCACCCACGUCACCCGCCUGGGCCCUGCCAGUUCCCACUGCCAAGCCAGGAAUGGCCACCACCCGGCGCCAGUUCUCCCCACAGUCGGGGCGCCGGCCAGAGAGCAGUGACGAUCGGCAUGUCAUGAGCAAGCAUGCCUCCAUUUACCCCACCGAGGAGGAACUGCAGGCCAUCCAGACGGCUGUGUCCCACACAGAACGAGCCCUCAGACUGGUAUCGGACACACUGGCCGAGGAGAGCAGCCAACAUGGCACCCUGGCGCCUCCACCACCGCGGAUGCUCAAGGGUGUGGUGCGGGUUGGCAUCCUGGCCAAGGGCCUGGUCUUGCGAGGGGACCACAGUGUGCAGCUGACCCUGCUGUGCUCCAAGAAGCCCACGCACUCCCUGCUGCAGAGGAUCAAGCAGGAGCUGCCCAGAGAGCUGUCGACAGUGGCAGAGGACAAGUACGAGGUCUCAUCUGACCGCGACGCCAACAUCGUUAUCUCAGCCUGCGUGGAGCCAGGGGUGAAGGUCACUGUGUCCGCCACCUCACCUCUGAUGCGCGAAGACCCCUCUGUAAAACGAGGACUGCAAGACUCUCUGCCUGACCCAGAGGAUGUCCUGGACAGGGAACGGUGCCUUGAGACCCUGGCCGCCCUCCGUCAUGCCAAGUGGUUCCAGGCUCGAGCCAGUGGCCUGCAGCCGUGUGUGAUUGUCAUCAGAGUUCUGCGGGAGCUGUGUCGCUGCCUGCCCCCCUGGGGGGCCCUGCCCGCCUGGGCCAUGGAACUGUUGGUGGAGAAGGUUCUGAGCAGCGCACCCCGGCCCUUGAGCCCAGGGGAUGCCAUGCGGCGGGUCCUGGAGUACGUGGCCACAGGCGCGCUCCUGACAGAUGGCCCGGGGCUGCAGGACCCCUGUGAGAAAGGCCCACAGGAUGCCCUGGAGCCCAUGACCCCACAACAGCGGGAAGACCUGACGGCCAGUGCUCAGUCCAGAUGGAGUCCUGUUUGGGCUGUGCAGCUCCUGAAGCCUCGAAGAGCCGCAGCAACUGAUCGGCCCGCCCAGGUCCUGUCCCCGCGGGGCAGGGGACCCCGCAGCAGGUCGGCCGAGGAUCAGGGGCACAAGGCUGGGCCCCAGACAAGGCAGGAAACCGAGCGCCAGGGUAUUGAGGGAGAGCUGGACCCGGGCUGCGGAUGCAGGGGAGCGUUGCUAGGAGACAAGGUGAGCCCUCGCUUCCUCCGAGCCUGGCACCCCUCGCCUGUCGCAGCUAGGAUGCCAACCAGGCGCUGGGCCCCUGGGACUCAAUGUAUGACCAAGUGUGAGAACUCGCGCCCCAAGCCUGGUGAGCUGGCCUUUCGCAAGGGCGACAUGGUGACCGUCUUGGAGGCCUGUGAGGACAAGGGCUGGUAUCGCGCCAAGCACCACGGCAGCGGGCAGGAGGGGUUGCUGGCAGCCACUGCUCUGCGCCAGCGGGAGGCCCUCUCUGCGGACCCCAAGCUCAGCCUCAUGCCAUGGUUCCACGGUAAGAUCUCAGGCCAGGAAGCCGUGCAGCAGCUGCAGCCCCCAGAGGACGGGCUGUUUCUCGUGCGCGAGUCGGCUCGUCACCCCGGAGACUACGUCCUGUGUGUUAGUUUUGGCCGAGACGUCAUCCAUUACCGUGUCCUGCAUCGAGACGGCCACCUCACUAUCGACGAGGCCGUGUGUUUCUGUAACCUGAUGGACAUGGUGGAGCACUACACCAAGGACAAGGGGGCCAUCUGCACCAAGCUGGUGAAGCCCAAGAGGAAACAGGGUGCCAAGUCGGCCGAGGAGGAGCUUGCAAAGGCUGGCUGGCUACUCGAUCUGCAGCACCUGACUCUGGGAGCACAGAUUGGAGAGGGGGAGUUCGGAGCCGUCCUGCAGGGUGAGUACCUGGGGCAGAAGGUGGCCGUGAAGAACAUCAAGUGUGACGUCACAGCCCAGGCCUUCCUGGAUGAGACGGCUGUGAUGACAAAGCUGCAGCACAGGAACCUGGUACGGCUCCUAGGCGUGAUCCUGCACCACGGCUUGUACAUUGUCAUGGAGCACGUGAGCAAGGGCAACCUGGUGAACUUCCUGCGCACGCGGGGCCGCGCCCUCGUGAGCACAUCUCAGCUCCUGCAGUUUUCCCUACAUGUUGCUGAAGGCAUGGAGUACCUGGAAGGCAAGAAGCUGGUACACCGGGACCUGGCUGCUCGCAACAUCCUGGUCUCUGAGGACCUGGUGGCCAAGGUCAGUGACUUUGGCCUAGCCAAGGCUGAGCGGAAGGGACUGGACUCCAGCCGGCUGCCAGUCAAGUGGUCAGCACCUGAGGCUCUCAAGAAUGGGCGGUUUUCCAGCAAAUCGGACGUCUGGAGUUUUGGGGUGCUGCUGUGGGAAGUUUUCUCAUAUGGAAGAGCUCCGUACCCCAAGAUGUCGCUGAAGGAGGUCUCAGAGGCCGUGGAGAAGGGUUACCGCAUGGAGCCCCCCGACGGCUGCCCAGCCUCUGUGCACACCCUCAUGGGCAGCUGCUGGGAGGCCGAGCCUGCACGCAGACCUCCCUUCCGCAAAAUAGCAGAAAAGCUGGGCCGCGAGCUCCGCAGUGCGGGCACCGCAGCUCCCAUUGCGGGACAGGAAGUUGAGGGUUCAGCUCCCCCACGGAGCCAGGAUCCCUGACCCUGAAGCAGGGAGCAAGAGGACACAGGUUCAUGGUCACGGCACCAGGAUGGGCCAUUGCGCAGGCUCCGAAGUCCCUGAACCCCCAAUAAAGAGUGAU